UACAUUUCCCAACGACGACGUCGCGUCGUGAUGAUGUCAUAAAAACGUCAGGCAGCUUGCAAAACAAUUGCGUCAGAAGUUCGCGCAAGAUCUUUCUGGGUUAGCGACUUGUCCGGCUGAGCUUCUACGCACAUUACCGUAGGCUGAGACACAAACGAGACCAUGCUCGUGGCAAGGUUGACAUGCCUGAGGAGCAGCAUCCCCUCGCUCGCCGCCGGGCUGCGCCCCGCGCUGACCAACGGCUCCGCCGCCUUGAGGUCAUCCACCCUCAACCUGAAGCCAUGCCAGACCUUCUUCACUCCGCAGAAGGGUUUGUCCUCGAAGGCCAGAUUUGGUUUCCGCCGGGCGAGGACGACCAGGGAUCAACUCAAGGAGGCGGCUUUCGAGCCAGCCACAGGCACGGCAUUAAGAAUUGACAGCAUGGGAAGAAUGAUUCUCGCUGGAGGUGCUGCAGUGGGCCUGGGAGCUUUAUGCUACUACGGCAUGGGCAUGUCCAACGAGAUUGGUGCCAUUGAGAAAGCAAUGAUCUGGCCUCAGUAUGUGAAGGACAGAAUCCACUCCACUUAUAUGUACUUUGCGGGCAGCGUCGGGCUGACGGCUCUGUCGGCAGUCGCCGUGAGCAGAACCCCGGCGCUCAUGGGACUCAUGAUGAGAGGCUCCUGGAUGGCUAUCGGAGCUACGUUUGCCGCCAUGAUCGGGGCCGGCAUGUUGGUUCGGUCCAUCUCGUACGAGCACAGCCCGGUGCCCAAGCACCUGGCCUGGAUGCUGCAUGCAGGUGUGAUGGGCGCUGUGGUGGCCCCCCUCACUCUCCUGGGAGGACCCCUGAUGAUGCGGGCCGCCUGGUACACGGCGGGCAUCGUGGGCGGCCUGUCCACGGUGGCCAUGUGCGCCCCCAGCGAGAGGUUCCUCAACAUGGGCGGACCCCUGGCUGUCGGCUUCGGGGUGGUCUUUGCUUCCUCUAUUGGGUCCAUGUUCCUGCCGCCCACCUCGGCGUUCGGAGCCGGCCUGUACUCGGUGGCCAUCUACGGGGGCCUGGUCCUCUUUAGCAUGUUCUUGCUCUACGACACGCAGAAGGUCAUCAAGAGGGCCGAGACGCAGCCGCUCUACGGGGUGCAAAAAUACGACCCCAUUAACGCCUGUAUGGGCAUUUACAUGGACACGCUGAACAUCUUCACCAGACUGGUGAUGAUCCUGGCAAAUGGUGGUGGCAGAAGGAAGUGAACAACCAGGCUGGAAGGACGUUUUUGUUUUGUUUUGUUUUUUUCAAACCUUUCCACAAUGCUAAAUGCUGUCCUAUUAAGUUCGCAACAAACACGUUGUUAGGCUCUUCAUCACAACCAGUCUCGAAACCGAUUCUAAACGCUCCUGAUUCGAAUGAUGUAGAAUCAUGAUAGGCAAAAUAUUAACUUGGUACUGCAAAAUUGGUCAAAUAUCUCUUUAAGGGUUUCUUUAUUUUCUGGUUGUCUGUGAUUUACAUUUCGUAUUUAUUGUUCACUACCGACAUGUUCAGAGUUUGUAAGGGAAAUAUGUUAUUUUGAUCCGGGAAUCACUCAAUAAAUGGCUCUGGUUGA